AUGGCGGCGGAGAGUAUGUUCAACCGGCCGGUGUGUGUGCUAGUGAGGUGCCAAGGCUGCGAGGAGAGGAGAUUAAAUGUUCGAGUGAAUAUUGAGCUACUGUCAAUUUCUAAUCCUGUUCAUAAAAAGGAUUUAGCUGUUCGAUUGACUGAUGAUACUGAUCCUUUUUUCCUUUAUAACCUUGUCAUAUCAGAGGAAGAUUUUCAGAGUUUAAAAUCCCAGCAAGGUCUCUUGGUAGACUUCUCUGCUUUCCCACAAAAAUUUAUAGAUCUGCUUCAGCAAUGCGUUCAGGAACAGAACAAAGAUAUCCCAAGGUUUUUGCUGCAGUUAGUUUCUUCAGCAUCUGUUCUAGAUCACACACCUGUCUCUUUAAAUGUAGUGGAGACCAACCCUUUUAAACAUCUUACCCAUCUGUCUCUAAAAUUCCUACCAGGAAAUGAUGCAGAAAUAAAGAAGUUUUUAGCCAGCUGUUUGAAAUGCCUUAAGGAAGACAAAAUUAUGUUGGAAGAAAAGCUUAGAAAAACUGAAGACGAUCUUACCAGACAACUGAGCUACACUCAACAGAGCUUGUCAGAGAAGAGCCGAGAACUAGACAAACUGAAAAAUGAAUGGACAUCAUACACUACAGCUCUAACAAACAAACACACACAGGAACUGACAAAUGAAAAGGAACGAGCUCUCCAGGCACAAGCUCAGUACCAACAACAGCAUGAACAACAGAAAAAGGAAUUAGAAAAUUUGCAUCAGAAAAGUAUUCAACAGUUGCAGAACAGACUCUCAGAACUCGAGGUCAUCAAUAAAGAUCUAACAGAAAGGAGAUACAAAGGAGACUCCACAGUCAGAGAACUGAAAGCAAAGCUUUCUGGAAUAGAAGAUGAAUGUCAAAGAGCAAAGCAGGAGGUGCUGUCACUGCGUCGGGAGAACGCUACUCUGGAUGCUGAAUGUCAUGAAAAAGAGAAACUCAUUAAUCAGCUACAGACGCGGGUUGCUGUUCUGGAACAAGAGAUCAAAGAUAAAGAUCAGCUAGUUAUUAGAACAAAAGAAGUAUUAGAUGCGACACAAGAACAAAAGGUGAUACUGGAAGAGAGUACAGAGAAAAAACAAAGUCAUAUUGAAAAACUAGAGACAACAAUUAAGUCGCUGUCAGCUGAACUUCUUAAGGCUAAUGAAAUUAUCAAGAAGUUACAAGGAGAUUUGAAAACUCUAAUGAGUAAAUUAAAAUUGAAAAAUACAGUAACAAUUCAACAGGAAAAACUAUUGGCAGAAAAAGAAGAGAGACUUCAAAAAGAGCAGAGAGAAUUGCAGGAGAUGGGACAAUCUCUUCGAAUGAAAGAGCAGGAGGUUUGCAAGCUACAAGAACAGCUAGAAAGUACAAUACAAAAACUAGAAGAAAGUAAGCAGUUACUGAAAACCAACGAAAAUGUAAUCACAUGGUUAAACAAACAGCUGAAUGAAAUUCAAAUGGCAAAGAAGCUAGAGACUUCUGCCAGUACACAUGGUGGUGUUAGGACUGCCAUUUCACCUCAUGGCAUGCCUGACCGACCAUCCUUUCCCAGCUCAGGAAUCAAUCAUCCCAUUUCUCCUCUGUAUGCCUUCCAGAACUUUCCGGAACCAGCACACAACAAAAAUAUCAAUUCGCAAUGCCCAGUACCAAAGAUUCAGUUCAACACACAGCUUUCUAAAAUGAAUCGAUGUUCAGAUGUUCAGACAGUGACUGCAGCUAGUCAUCCAGCAAAUAAGGAGAAUGGUGAUAAGUUGGGGCUGGAAUCAAAGUAUUUCAAGAAAAAAGAUGACAGCAUUCCUUUACGCGGGCUUAGUCAAAAUACACUGAACUCAGAGUAUCUGAAACCGUACUUAUCAACAAAAGCCCAACCGUCACCAAAACCAGCAGCACCACCACCAGCCUCAGCUUAUUUUCCUGGAUAGCAGACAGAGUUCUUAAAGUACCAAUGUGAACUGAUGUAAUUUUGUAAGUAAGGCUGAAUCUGUUUGCUUUGUAAAAGAGAUCUUGACUGACUUGGAUGACUUUUCAGGCUACUGGAACUUAAAGAAAAGAUAAAGCUUUAAGCAGGCUCAGCCUUAGUGGGAACAAUGCUGUAGUUAAGUCACUGGGGCUGUCCAGAAUUUUCUCUGAGUGUACUGGAGACCACGUAGUCUUCCUGAAAACCCACCCAAGUGCACUGACUUUUAUUACAGGGAUUGACAAGAGUGGCUCUGUAGCAGAUGCAAUGUACACGCUAGCAUUCCCUGAGAGAGCGAGCACUUCUCUAUGAAUACUUUCCUUGACUCCUUUCAGAGAAAGGAUGAUGCGAAUAGAAAGCCCUGGAGAACUGGGCGAUGCUGUCAAUUUUAAUAAUGGUCAAGCUUGUAAGUUAGCUUGAUUGCCUCACUAACCCUCCCUUACAGUUUUAAUUUUAAAAACUUGCUUAUUUUGGAACCAGCUUAUUUGAAUUGCAUAUAGACUUACAAAUAAUCUAAUUAAUAUUAAAGAUGCUAAAUUAUUUCACUGAAGUAUAAAAUUAAAAUUUACAAUUCUCAUUCUUGGUUACCCUAACUUUUGUAUUAACCUGUCAAUAUGACAGGCCACCAUGCAUAAAACAUUAUAAGGUGAAGUAUCUGAACAGUUAACUAUUGAAAGUAUCGCAACAUCUAAGAGCUACUUUAUUUCUACUAAUCAUACUUUACAACUGUAAGACUACAGAAAUCUAAGAUACUCUUAACACUCAAGUUUAGGUGGACUGAGCCUGUUCAGCUUGUUCUGCUACCUGGGUUCCAAUGCUAGAAUCAUGUAACAACUUCAUUCUGUGCCAUCUUUUAUAUGGUGUCCCACUAAAGAGCUAGCAUGCAAGUAUUUAUAACAUAAAAAAUACAAUUUUUUUAAAAUGACUAUUUACAUACUUUUGUUGUUAAAGCUAUUUCAUACGUUUUACGUUAGUUAUUUAAGAGCAUCCAGAGGAUUGUGCGAGUGGUUUGUUUUGCAGUGCAAAAUGUGUAUAUUUGUUUAUAAAUCAGCACCAUGUUAAUGUAUAUUCACUUGUUUUGGCACGUGUAAGU